GAGAGAGAGAUUGCCUCACAGAUUGCAGAGAGAUGCCAGCGAGGAUGUUUGACUGAGACCGGUGCCUUUGCCUGCCGGAGGACUGUCAUUUUGGCUAUAAUUAAAUCCACUAUUGUUUUGGUUUUUCACUGUAUUGCUUGGAGACUCGAGCACCUCUCGGAUGGUGGACUGCACAGCUGAAUGUCAGCUGCUUGUGGAGCAUGGGUACAACUGCCAGUGCCGCGCCACAGCCUGUUUCCGUAGCAUCACCUCUUGAAAGCGUCCAUGGCAACGGGAUGGCCGACAGCAGGCAGUCUCUUAGCAUGAGCCCCUUUCAGACAGUCAACAUCCACAACAACAAGGCCAAGUCCAUUAUCACCAACAAAGUCGCACCUGUCGUCAUCACGUAUAAUUGCAGACAGGAAUUCCAGAUUCACGAUGACAUCCUCAAGACUACCAACUACAAAGUCGGCCGGAUAUCAGACACUAUGCCCGAGCACUACCUGGUACAGGGGGAGUACUUCAUGGUCCAGGAUGUGUACAGCAAGGCAGACGUCCUUAAUACCACAGGCAGCUACGGUGCGCCCAACUUCCGCCAAGUCAAGGGAUCCUACCCUCUGUACGGGAUGGGUCAGCCGAGCCUGAACGGCUUCAAACAGGUUCUCCAGAGGCUCCAGGCACAAGGACAUGAGGAGGUUAUAUUCUUCUGUGUAAGAGAGGAGCCGGUGGUUUUCCUGCACAAGGAUGACAACUUUAUGCCAUACACCCCAAGGAGGAAGGAAAACCUGCAUGAGAAUCUUCACGGCCUGGAAAAUGAGGAGCUGGUGGAGAGCCUGGAGCUCACCAUCAGGAAGGAGCUCCACGACUUCGCCAAGCUCAACGAAAACAUAUUCUCCGUCUACAACGACAUCGAGUACUUCAAAGAUGAGCCACAGAAGAUCACUAUCACGUGCGAGGAGGACAUCCAUGUGACUGAAGAGGUCUAUAAGAGACCCAUGUUCACCAUGCCUGCCUACAGGUACUACAGAUUACCACUGCCGAUGGAGGGAGCACCGUUAGAAGAAGACUUUGACGCGUUUGUAAGCAUACUCAGGGAGAGCCCCAGCUUGUCUCUGGGACAUGAUGCGUCGCGGCCGCUGCCUGCCCUGCUCUUCAGCUGCCAGGUGGGCGUCGGUCGCACCAACCUUGCCAUGAUCCUGGGCACACUGGUCAUGAAUCGCCUGAGGGGUGACUCACAGCCGGCGCCUCAAGUUGAGGAGGCAGCAGCGUCAGAGCCCAAACCACUAUUCAGGGUCAUCCAGUCUCUGAUCAACAAGCUGCCUAAUGGACAGCAGGUCAUGGAAGAGGUUGACCAGGCUAUUACUCUGUGUUCAGAAAUGCACAAUAUAAAAGAAGCAAUAUACGAGAACAAGAGUAAGCUGGAAGGGAUCGGAGAAGAUUAUCAAAUUCAGGGAAGCAGUACCAAAGACUACUUUCUCAACAGAACGAAGCAGAGCUUGGAGCGCUACUUCUACUUGAUUGUAUUUAACGCAUACCUUCAUGAACAGUAUCCUCUUGCCUUUGUGUCCAACUUCAGCCAGUGGAUGUGCUGCCACACGUGGCUGUACAGGUUGCUGGCCUGCAUGGACCUAUCAGAGCUGUCUGCCCCAUCUGAGCUGAUCACCAGAGGAGCACGUGUCCUGGUGGCUGAUGAGUACUUGGCUCCUGACGUGCUUAGUACAGUGAAGGAGAUGAAGGCAGUCAACUUCAGACGAGUGCCCAAGAUGCCUGUUUAUGGAAUGGCUCAGCCAACAUCAGAGGCUACUGGAGCAGUGCUGGCACAUCUGACGGAUGAGAAGAGGAAGCACAGCCACGUGUUGUGGGUCAACCUACAGGAGGAGCUGGUGUUAGAAGGGAAUGGCCAGAUUUUCAUGCCAAGGGAGCCCUCGUGCUUGGAUCAGCAUGUUCCUAUUCCAUCAUCAGACCCUCAGCAAAUAGAGAAACUGGAGAUGUCUCUGAAGGAGGAGAUCUUGAGAGCCCAGAAGUGGUUGGAGGUGACACUGGAGCAGGAGAAACAGAUGAAGAUGUUUAAAAGCUGCCUGACGGUCCAGGAGAUCUUCAACCAGCACAAAAGCUCCCACCAGGGUCUCGUCUACAAACGCAUCCCUCUGCCGGACUGCAGCGCACCCAUGGAGGAGGAUUUGGAUAAACUGUUGGAGGCCAUGAAGAGUACCUUGGCUGAGGACUCCCACUCAGCCUUCGUUUUCAACUGCUCCAACGGCAAAGGCAGGACCACGACCGGCAUGGUCGUCGCUGUUCUUACUCUCUGGCACUUUAAUGGAUUCCCAGAAUUUGCUGAAGAUGAGAUUGUGAGUGUUCCUGAUGCCAAGUACACAAAAGGAGAAUUUGAGGUCGUGAUGCAGCUGGUGCGUCUCCUCCCUGACGGCCACCGGAUGAAGAGGGAGGUGGACAUGGCCCUGGACUCCGUCAGUGAGACCAUGACCCCCAUGCACUAUCAUCUGAGAGAGAUCAUCAUCUGCACAUACAGACAGAUCAAAAGUGGUAAGACGGACAAGGAUUGUCAGCAGCUGCUGCUGAGGAGCCUGCAGUACUUGGAGCGCUACAUUUACCUCAUCCUCUUCAACACAUACCUGCAUCUAGAGAAGAAAGACUCUUGGCAGCGUUCCUUCACUGCCUGGAUGGAACAGGUGGCUGCCAGAGCCGGAGUUUAUGACAUCCUCAACCAGCUGGGCUUCUCCGAGUUUGAAAACCUGAGGGACACGCCGCUGGCCCGGCUGCGCUGCCGCUGGCAACAGCAGAACAUUCAGUCACUUCCUUUCCGAGGGGAGUUCAUCUGAGAGAGGAUCACUGUGAACGCACCAAAACAGUACUGUGCUUUUGAGAAUGAAAGACAUUUACAGUAACAAUGUUAUGCCUUUCAUAUUUACCCCUGCAUUAUGCAUAUAUUCACAUCAUGUAUUGUUUGUGAUACUGCUUUCAGUUUUUUCUUCUUUUUUUUUUAAACUCACUGGCGAUGUCAACAUUUGGUAGUUGUUUUAAUGUUUAGCAGAAUGUUGCUCCUAUAUUAGAAGUUGAUAUUUGUGCCUUUGCUUUUUCUAAUUAAUAGAAUUUAGUUUCAAUGUACUAAUAUGUAUUUUACUAUUUUCCAAUCAAGAUGAAAAAAAUGUUCUUUCCUUACUGGUGAAGAAAACUUCUGUUACAAUAAGGCCAGGCGUAAAUGUUGUUGUUGAGGAGAGAUGCAAAGUCCACUCUGUUGCCAGCCAACAAUUUUGCUUGUAUUUCACAACUGUUUGUUGUUGUGUUACCUGACAUUUUUCUUGAGCCCUGUUCUUUUCUUCUCAGCACAGCUGUUAUCAGUAGCUGCGCAUUUGUUUGACUUGAGGUUUCUAAUUUUUGAGAAGAUUCUUCUUUGUAAAUACACUAUGACAGCUGUUGACCUUUUUUCUUUAAAUGUUAAUGAAUCCACAAGUUUUCAAAAGCUGAUCAGAGUGGAUGUUUUUGAAAGGAGUUUCUUUUCGCUGUAAUGACAAUAAUGUGUCCUUUGGUUUUACCUGCUUCUUUUUACUGACAGGUGUCAUGAUACAGGUACUUACAGCAAAGCAUGUCAGGAUUUUUUUUAAUGUUAGGGUAUAUUUUAAAACUGUAAAAUAUGUCUUUGUAUUUGUGUUUUUAAAGCAUUGGAGCAACGUUGCCUAAAAAUUGCAAAUGUAUCAUUUCAAAAAUACCAUAAAUCAUUACUUCCUUAAUGCGAUGCAUUCUUUUGGGAUGGGACAUUAGACAGUGAGGGAUCCCUUUUUAGUCACAUCCUUUAGAGCUGCAUGACAUCACCACUGGAUGUUGAAUGAAUUUCACGAGACCAUACCUGUGGUUUUGCAUGUUGUAGUGAACCAUUUUGCAAACCAUGCUACUACUGUGUUUCCAUUCAUUUGUGAGCAAUAUGAAAAUCAGUCAGCAGGCUCUCGAAACUCAAUUCUUUUGAGCAUCACAGUGAACAUC